AGCGCCCGCCCCCGCGCCCGCCCCCGCCCGCCCCGCGCCCGGCUCCAGCGCCGCGGGCCGGCGGCGAUGCCCGCUCCGCUGCCGCCGCUGCCGCUGCCGCUGCCGCUGCCGCCGGGAGACGCUGCGCGGCCCCCCCGGCUCGCCGCAGCAGCGCGCGCGCACGGGGCGCCCGCACGCCUGAGCCAUGAUUGCCGCAGCCUUCCUGGUGCUGCUGAGACCCUACAGCGUCCAGUGUGCCCUCUUCCUGCUCCUGCUCCUGCUGGGCACCAUCGCCACCAUCCUCUUCUUCUGCUGCUGGCACCGCAGGCUCCAGAAGGGCAGGCACCCCAUCAAGUCCGUCUUUUCGGGGCGCUCAAGGAGCCGAGAUGCUGUAAUGAGAACCCACCACUUUCGCUCUGAGGUAAUUUAUUUAGCACGCAAUUUCAAGGGCUUCAGAUCAAGUCCUCGUCAUGCCAGAAGACGUGUAGCAGCCCGCCUUGAAGAAACACAGCCUAUAGUGGAAGCUCACCACCUAAGUGAGCAGGAAACUUCUGUAAGAAAAAGAAAAAUCAAGAAAAGCAGCCGAGUUCAACCAGAAUUUUAUCAUUCUGUUCAAGUUACCCCAACAAGAAAACCUAGCUCCGGCAACGCGUCCUACCGCUGCUCCAUGUCUUCCUCCGCGGAUUUCUCGGACGAGGACGACCUGAGCCAGAAGUCGGGCACGGUGUCGCCGGCGCCGGGGGACACGCUGCCCUGGAACCUGCCCAAGCACGAGCGCUCCAAGAGGAAGAUCCAGGGCGGCUCCGUGCUGGACCCGGCCGAGCGGGCCGUGCUCCGCAUCGCCGAUGAACGGGACAAAGUACAAAAGAAGACCUUCACAAAAUGGAUAAAUCAGCAUCUCAUGAAGGUUCGAAAGCAUGUAAAUGACCUGUACGAAGACCUAAGGGAUGGACAUAACUUGAUCUCCCUUUUAGAAGUCCUUUCUGGAGACACCUUGCCAAGAGAGCGAGAUUUUUUGAAGACCUUACGGUUGGUGAGUUCAACAGAAGCAUGCGCAUAUGAACAGCAUGAGGAUGUGGAGGAUGAGGAUAAGGGGCCCCGAGAAAAAGGCCGGAUGCGUUUUCACAGACUCCAGAACGUCCAAAUUGCACUUGACUAUUUGAAAAAACGCCAGGUGAAACUGGUUAACAUUAGGAAUGAUGACAUAACAGACGGGAAUCCCAAAUUGACUUUGGGGUUGAUAUGGACCAUAAUUUUGCACUUUCAGAUAUCUGAUAUCCACGUUACUGGAGAGUCAGAGGACAUGUCUGCUAAAGAGAGAUUGCUCCUGUGGUCGCAGCAGACAACCGAGGGUUAUGCUGGAAUCCGUUGUGAAAAUUUCACUACCUGCUGGCGCGAUGGAAGAUUAUUUAAUGCCAUCAUUCAUAAAUACAGGCCGGACCUGAUAGACAUGAAUACCGUUGCUGUUCAAAGCAACCUUGCAAAUUUAGAACAUGCUUUUUUUGUAGCAGAAAAACUUGGUGUCGCCAGACUUCUGGAUCCUGAAGAUGUUGAUGUUUCCUCACCUGAUGAGAAGUCAGUAAUAACUUAUGUGUCAUCACUUUAUGAUGCAUUUCCCAAAGUACCAGAAGGUGGUGAAGGCAUCAGUGCAAAUGAUGUUGAAGUCAAAUGGGUUGAAUACCAGAAUAUGGUAAACUACCUCAUGCAGUGGAUCAGGCACCAUGUUUCAAUAAUGUCUGACAGAACAUUUCCCAACAACCCUGUGGAAUUGAAGGCACUUUAUAAUCAAUAUUUGCAGUUUAAAGAAACAGAAAUUCCGCCAAAGGAGAUAGAUAAAUCAAAAAUUAAACGUCUAUAUAAACUGCUAGAGGUCUGGAUAGAAUUUGGACGCAUCAAACUUCCUCAAGGCUAUCACCCAAAUGAUAUCGAAAAAGAAUGGGGAAAGCUUAUUAUUGCCAUGCUGGAAAGAGAGAAAACCCUUCGGCCUGAAGUGGAAAGGUUGGAAAUGCUGCAGCAGAUCGCGAACAGAAUUCAGCGGGACAGCCUGAGCUGCGAGGAGAAGCUGAUACUUGCCCGGAACGCUCUGCAGUCCGACGCCAAGCGAUUAGAAUCAGGGCUCCAGUUCCAAAAUGAAGCAGAGAUAGCUGGGUAUCUUCUUGAAUCUGAGAACCUUCUCCGUCAACAAGUGAUUGACGCCCAGAUUCUUAUCGAUGGAAAAUACUAUCAGGCAGACCAGCUUGUGCAGAGGGUUGCAAAACUUCGUGAUGAACUGGUGGCCAUAAGGACUGAAUGUUCUUCCGUGUACAGCAAGGGGCAUGCGCUGACAGCAGAGCAGACAAAGCUGAUGAUAUCGGGAAUAACUGAAAGCUUAAACUCAGGAUUUACAACAAACCUAACCCCUGAAUUAAGUGCUGCAAUGACCCAAGGUUUAACACCUACUUUGACUUCCUCCAGCUUGACAUCUGGCCUUUCAUCAGGUCUUACUUCCAGACUGACACCAGCCAUCACUCCUGCAUAUACACCAGGCAUCCCACCACGGUUAAUUCAAAGUUAUGUGACAGGAGUAGACAGUGGGACUCUGCAAACACUCAAACUGACACAAAUUAGAAAACCUCUUAUGAAAUCAGCUUUUGUGGAUCAGAAUUUAACAGAAGAAGAGGUCAACAUGAAAUUUGUCCAGGACCUAUUAAGCUGGGUGGAAGAAAUGCAGGUGCAACUUGAUCGAGCAGAAUGGGGUUCAGAUUUACCAAGUGUUGAAAGCCAUUUAGAAAAUCACAAAAAUGUCCACAGAGCUAUUGAGGAAUUUGAAUCCAGCCUUAAAGAAGCGAAAAUCAGUGAGAUCCAAAUGACUGCCCCUCUUAAACUCAGUUAUGCAGAAAAAUUGCACAAACUGGAGAGUCAGUAUUCAAAACUGUUGAACACCUCAAUAAAUCAGGAAAGGCACCUGGAUACUCUUCACAGUUUUGUGUCCCGUGCUACUAGAGAGCUGAUAUGGCUGAAUGAAAAAGAAGAGGAAGAGGUUGCAUAUGACUGGAGUGAAAGAAAUACUAAUAUCACAAGAAAAAAGGAAUAUCAUGCAGAAUUAAUGAGAGAACUUGAUCAAAAAGAAGAAGUUAUUAAAUCAGUUCAAGAAAUAGCUGAGCAGUUGCUUCUUGAAAAUCACCCAGCCAGGCUAACUAUUGAGGCCUAUAGAGCUGCAAUGCAGACACAGUGGAGCUGGAUUCUACAGCUCUGUCAUUGUGUCGAACAACAUUUGAGAGAAAAUGCUGCAUAUUUUGAGUUUUUCAAUGAUGCCAAAGAGGCUAUGGACUAUUUAAAGAAUUUAAAAGAUGCCAUAUACAGAAAAUACAGUUGUGAUAGAUCCAGCAGCCUUCAUAGACUGGAAGACCUUGUCCAGGAAUCUAUGGAAGAGAAAGAACAACUCUUGCAGUAUAAGAGCACAGUAGCAAGCCUUGUGGGGAGAGCAAAGGCAAUAAUUCAGCUGAAGCCAAGGAAUCCUGACUGUCUACUCAAAACAUCCAUCCCAAUUAAAGCCAUCUGUGACUAUAGACAAAUUGAGAUAACUAUUUACAAAGACGAUGAAUGUGUGUUAGCAAACAACUCCCAUCGUGCUAAAUGGAAAGUCAUUAGUCCGAGUGGUAAUGAAGCUAUGGUUCCAUCUGUGUGCUUUACAGUUCCUCCACCAAACAAAGAAGCAAUAGAUACAGCCAACAGGAUUGAACAGCAAUUUCAGAAUGUUCUGGCCCUUUGGCAUGAAUCACAUAUAAACAUGAAGAGUGUGGUUUCCUGGCAUUACCUGACGAAUGAAAUUGAAGCCGUUCGAGCUGGCAAUGUUGCUUCAAUAAAAACAAUGUUACCGGGUGAACAUCAGCAGGUACUAAGCAAUCUGCAGUCCCGCUUUGAUGACUUUGUGGAAGAUAGCCAGGAGUCCAAAAUCUUUACAAGCUCUGAUACAGCACAGCUGGAAAGGGAAGUUAAUGUUUGCAAGCAAUACUAUCAAGAACUUCUGAAAUCUGCAGAAAGAGAGGAGCAGGAAGAAUCUAUUUACAAUCUUUACAUCUCAGAAGUCAGAAAUAUCAGACUUCGCCUGGAGAGUUGUGAGGAGCGGUUGAUCCGGCAGAUCAGAACCCCAAUGGAAAGGGAUGAUCUGCAUGAAAGUGUGUUCAGGAUUUCAGAGCAAGAGAAACUGAAGAAAGAACUGGAUCGACUCAAGGAUGACUUGGAAGUAAUCACAGAUAAAUGCGAAGAGUUUUUCAGUCAAGCUGCUGGUUCACCUUCAGUCCCUACUCUGCGCUCUGAACUCAAUGUUGUUGUUCAGAAUAUGAAUCAAGUUUAUUCCAUGUCUUCCAUUUACAUAGAUAAAUUAAAAACUGUAAAUUUGGUGCUUAAGAACACCCAAGGAGCAGAAUCACUAGUAAAACUUUAUGAAACUAAACUCUGUGAAGAAGAAGCAGUGACUGCUGACAAAAAUAAUAUUGAGAAUCUCAUGGGUACAUUAAAGCAAUGGAGAUCUGAAGUAGAUGAGAAGAGAGAAGUAUUCCAUGCCUUAGAGGAUGAACUGCAGAAGGCAAAGAUGAUCAGUGAUCAGAUGUUUAAAAUGCACAAGGAACGUGAUCUUGACUUCGACUGGCAUAAAGAAAAAGUUGAUCAGUUAGCUGAGAGGUGGCAAAAUAUUCAUUCUCAAAUUGAAAACAGGCUGCGUGACUUAGAAGGUAUUAAUAAAUCUCUAAAAUACUACAAAGAUACUUACAAUUCAUUGGAUACUUGGAUUCAGCAAGUGGAAGAUGCUCAGAGAAAGCUUCAAGAAAUCCAUCCUGAAAAUAGCAAAGCAUUGGCUAAGCAGCUGAACCAACAUAAGAUGCUGGUUUCUGAGAUUGAAAUGAAACAAAGCAAAAUAGAUGAAUGCCAGAAAUAUUCAGAACAAUAUUCAGCUGCUGUGAAGGACUAUGAGUUGCAGACUAUGACCUACAGAGCUAUGGUUGACUCCCAGCAAAAAUCUCCGGUGAAACGCCGAAGAGUGCAAAGCUCAUCAGACUUCAUUAUUCAAGAGUUCAUGGAUUUACGGACUCGUUAUACUGCCUUAGUGACAUUGAUGACCCAGUACAUUAAGUUUGCAGGUGACUCUCUGAAAAGACUGGAAGAGGAGGAGAGUUUACCAGAUGAGAGUGAACUCCAGAAACCUGUGAAGUCAGCUGAAGUCCUUGAACAUUUGGGAUGUAACGAAGUGGUUGAAUUCAGAGAGAAAAACACGCCUAGUGAAAGCGUGAUGGAUGUGGAAUAUUUGCAAAAAGAUAACUUUUCCAGUAAAUGUAAAUGCACAGAAAAUAAACUAGAAAUUCACAGAGGAGAAUUUGAGGUAGACACAUAUGAUAAAAUCAAAGCUGAUAGAGCACUGAAGCAAUUUUUAAAUUUCAGUGGUCAAGAGAGUGGCAUUAGCGAUAACACAGAAUAUAAGCUACAUGCAGUGCAAGAGAGUAUUGUAGUUUUUGGUAAUCAAAAUAAAGAAAAAGAAAAUGGUAGAAAAGACUGUUUUGUUUCAUCUGUGAACUGUUUGAGUGUGAAUAGUGAUCCUGUUGAAAUGUUAAAUCAGCAAAUUGUUAAUGGAGACAGCCAGAAAACAGAGAGAGUAUCAAAGAAGUUAUCUGAUCUGGAAGCAGUACAUAAAAACAAAGAAAAAGAUAUUUCACAACAGGGGAGGAGCAGUGUUCCAACAAAGGAAGAAUUUGAGAUGCAAUCAGAAACUGAUUUUGAGCUAACAACAAAGAAAGAUGAAGUUAUUCCAAAAACUGGGAAGCAUGCCCUGGAUAUCAGCCCUUACGUGCAGCAACAUUUUUCAGCAAGAACACUUUUCGAAAGUCAGCAUAAAGAACAUUGCCCUUCAGAAAGUAGUAACCAUAAUACCUUAAACUCUGAACAUGAUGAGUUUCAAGUGUGUGAUGUAAAAGCUGACUCUUUGUCAGCUGUAAGGUGUGCAGUUCCUUUAGAGAAAGUUUCAUCCUCUUUCAGAGAACUGGCAGUGCACAAUGGAAAUGAAAAUAUAAUGAAGUUAAGUUUACAAUCUGUGAGCAAUCCAGACAUUUCUGAUAGUGAUGAAAAGGAUACAAACAAACUGCAUGGAACAUUUCUGGAUGAAAGCUACUUCAUGACAGAAAUUAAAAUCCUAGGAAACUCAAAUCUAAAUCCAAAUAAAACCAAGAGUAAAAUUCAAGGAAUUUUAGAUAUUUCUUCAGGAAAUAUUGUAGAGAAUCAGCAUGUGGCAAAAGUCUCUCAAUUGCAUACAUUAGAUUUUGAAAUGCCACCAAUGCAGAGUGAUCCCAGUUUAAGCAUAGAAUUGUUGGGCGAUGCAGGUGACCUAAAUGAUAAAAUAGCCCCUUCAGAAUCCAUUUCUGGAGGAGAGAAUUAUUUUCGAUUUUCAGAACAUGGAUUAGGAAAAAAGCUUUUGAGUCAUGAUGAGAAAUUAAGUGACAAGGAAAUGCUGCAGAGUAAAAUUUAUGGUUUGGACAGCGUAAAUAUAAGCAUGAACAAGCCAAGUGGAGAGAACAAAUUAGAAGACGGUCAGAAAUGUCAAGAUUUAUUGCUAGUUGGAGAAAUGGAGAGUAAAGCUAAAGGUCAUAGCAAAAACAUACUUGGAAAAAACAGCGAACUCCAGAAAAUAGUCUGUGAAAAUGCAGGAAACAAAUACUCACUUGAAAAAGAAGAAAGGCCAAAAAAAAAUGCCAGUGAUAAUGAAGAGAAAAGGAGCACAGAUAUUAAUGAGAAGUCAAUGGAAGAAGAAAAGAAAGAACACGUUGAGAAAGCUGGAGAUUUACUGAAAUGGGUGUCAAACCUCAGCAAGACACUCAGCAAAGAAGAAGGAGAAAAGGCUGAAAAGACAGACUUGCCUAAGCAGCAGAUUUCCCUGGAAGAGAUGUCAACCAAGAAAGAACAAAUAGCUGAAGCUCUGCAGACUACUCAGUCAUUCUUAGCCAAGCAUGGUGACAAAAUGACAGAUGAAGAGAGAAAUGAAAUGGAAAAACAAGUCAGAUCCCUCCAGGAGAGUUACAGCUUAUUAUCCAAUGAAGCUCUGAAACAACUGCAGGAAGCACAGUGUUUGAGUGAUGAAAAGAUGGAAGAAAAGGUGAAUAAAGUCAUUGCUGGUAUCAUUGACCAAACAACUGGAGAAGUCCUUUCAGUCUUACAGUCUGUUUUAAAAGGUUUUAUUGACUAUGGCACUGGAAUUAGACUGCUUGAGAAUCAGCUGAUUCUAUCUGGAAUCAUUUCUCCAGAAUUAGGAGUAUGUUAUGAUCUUGAAGAAGCUAAAGCUCAUGCCCUAAUUGAUGAGCAAACUCUGUUGGAAUUGCAGGAAUUAAGUAAUGCGAAGAAGCUUAUUUCAGAAUCAUCACUAAUAAAUCUUCCAGUUGUAUCAGCUUUAGAUGAAGGUCUAAUUUCAGAAUCUUUGGCCAUUAAAAUUCUUGAGAAUCAGCUUUCAAGUGGGCACUUGAUUUUGUCAUCUACUGGAGAAAACCUGACUUUACAAAAGGCUUUCCAGAGGAACCUGAUUCCUCCGACAUUAUAUGCAAAGCUUCUGGAAAGACAAGACACAUGCAAAGAUCUCAUAGACCCUAACACCACUGAAAAGAUUUCGCUUGAACAGAUGGUUAACAGAAGCAUAAUACAUGAAGAAACAGGGUUAAGACUCUUACCUGUGAAACCACAAGAAAAAGGAAGAAUCACAUUCAAAUGUGGAAGGAAAAUAACUGUUUUGAGGGCAGCCCAUGAAGGACUCAUUGAUCGGGAAACAAUGUUCAGGCUACUGGGGGCUCAGUUAAUGUCCGGAGGUAUAGUUGACUCUGACUCAGGGAAGCGAGUAACUGUGGAAGAAGCCAUGAAACAAGGGAUGAUAGAUCAAGACACUGCCUGUGGGAUUCUCACACAUCAGGUUCAGACUGGUGGAAUCCUUUGUCCAAAUUCAGGCAAACGCUUGACUGUUGAUGAAGCUGUGCAAUGUAACUUAAUAUCAUCUACCAGUGCAUUACUGGUAUUACAAGCACAAAAAGGCUUUGUUGGCCUAAUCUGGCCUCAUACUGGUGAAAUAUUCCCCAUCUCAACUUCUUUGCAUCAAGGGAUGGUAACAAAUGAGCUGGCAUUUAAAAUACUAAAUGGUAGGCAGAAAAUAGCUGCACUUUACAUUCCAGAAACUUGCGAAGUACUCAGUCUAGAUAAGGCUGCACAGUCAGGGGUAAUAGACAUCAAUACUGUAUCUGUUUUGAACAGUGUGACUUUACCAGAUAAAAUGCCUAGUGUUGAAGAAUUACAAUCUCCAUGUAAAAAUGCUGCAAAAUGGCUAUCAACCUAUGAGCUUCAGCCAUCUGUAUUUCAUGACUAUGAGGAAGAACAUGAAGAUUCUGGCACAGAAGACCAUGCAUGUCAUAGUUUGGACCAAGCUAAGAAAUUAUUCAUAUCUUAUCUAAUGGUAAAUAGUUAUAUGGAUGCAAACACUGGAGGAAGACUUUUAUUAUAUGAUGGAGAGCUGCAAGAAGCCAUCAAUAUAUUACUGGAAGGUGCAUACAAUGCUGAUGUGUCAGAAAUGGAGUUUAGUAACAAAUACCUAAGCCCAAAAGGAAUUAAUCAGAAGUCAGCUGACAAUGUCCACUUUAGUAAUGUCAAAAGCAAUGUCGAGGGUGAUCUUUCAGGUGCUGAGAAUACUUUUAAUGGCAGGAAAUUAAUUCAGUUGGAAGAUUUUGGGAAUAAUAAAGGUUCACAGGGAAAAGAUGUUCAUAUAUGUAGACCUGAUAUUUAUAAUACUGGUACUGAGCAAUCAGAAUAUACACAGGAUAUUUUGUUAACUAAACCUACAGAAGUUAGAAAUGUAGUAGGUAGCAUUCAAAAUUCUGCAAACAAAAAUGCACUCAAGAGUCUUCUGGAGUAUUCUGAAUGGACAGAAUUAGAACUAUGUAAGCCUAAGGAUCAGAAGACAAAUUCAGGAAAUAUUGAAGGAUGUCUUCCAAAUGGCUCAAAACCAAAUCCCAUUUCAGAAAUAGAAGAAGAAAACACACAUAUGCCAGACAGUCUGGGUAAGGAAAACAAGAAUUAUAAGACUUUACAAAAUACCUUGUCUGUGAAUGAAUGGUCAGUUAAUGAAAUCCAAGGAGACCUGGAAAGGUGCACGAAAUGUGGGCUUCGCAUUUUGCAAGCUGAUGACAGCAGAAUGUUACCUGAUAAUAGCAAGAAAGAUGACUUUCAGAGAAGUCUUGGUUUGUCCAUCAAUGCAGAUAUUGAAUAUAGACUUCCAGAAGAACUUUCUUGUAAAGAAUUAGGAAGUCAAGUUGUUGACACGCUACAGUUUGAAGACAAUGGAUAUAGCGAGCUACCUCUACAGGACUACCCUAAUGUACGUAACAGGCCAUCCCUAGAGGAUGUUGGCAGUCCAUCCUUGGAGGAUUGUACUGAUUUGCAGAAUAAGCUGUGUCUAGAAGACAGCAGGGACAUGCACUACAGGCCUUUGUUAGAUGACAGUACUUUUAGACAUGAUGAACCACUUGUGGGGGACAGUAACAAUGCAGCACAAGGGCUAACAUUAGAAGAAACCAAUCUUACAUUUGAUAAGUUACUGCUGGUUGACAGUAGUUCUUAUUCAUCACUAGGAGGGAGUGAUGGCGUCUCACGGUUUGAAAGUAGACACUUGCACCAUGAAUGUGAUGAGGUAGCCUCUGAAGAUGACAGCUCUCAGAUUGAUGAAGACGAUGAUGAUGCCGCCUAUGAAACUCCUCAGGUUGAUGAUGAUGACAGUGAUGUCUACCAUACUCCACAAGUUGAAGAUGAUGAUUCCUAUGACACUCCUCAAGGUGAUGAUGAUUAUGAUACCUUGCAGCUGGGAGAUGAUGAUACACCAGAGCCUGAUAAUGUUCCCUUAGGUUUUCUAGAGGAGAAAUGUGGUCUAAUAAAUCUGAGAGAAGGGAACAGCUCUUUUCAAGACCUUGCAGCUAAUGCUGGAGAGAGGUUCCAUUAUUCAAGGGAUGUAAAUUUGGUAGGUCUACCUGAGAGCAUAAAUACAGUUUCCGCAAGUGCCAGAACUUUGGAAACCUGCCCUGAGAAGCAAAAGGAAAGAACAGAGAGCUUUGAAGAGAAGAGGCUAAAAUUGCCUCUGGAGAGUGAAGGAAGUAAGGAGGGAGGCCUUAGUCCCUUACUAAAGGUGUAUGAAGCAGAAGUACAAAGAAAUAGAAAUGAGGAAGGUGAAAUGAAAGCAGAAAGUGACUCUUAUGAGGAUGAAUCUGAAGGAACACAGGAGGAGGAAGAUUAUGAUUUUGACUAUAUGGAUUAUGAUUAUGAUAGUUACGAUGACUCUGACACUGAUUGUGACAGUGAUGAAGAAAUGGAUAUUUUUUACUCACACCAUCAAUGUAAAAAUAUGGGCGACCAGCUGUUAACUCCUUUAGGAGACAUAGAAGAUAGUGAAGAAAAUAAUCAGAAUAUUGAUGAUUGUUACCAUUCUUUAAGCACUGUGGCAGGGGAUUGUUUGCAAUUCCAGUCCAACCAGGGGAAUGGAAAACUGCCCUCUGGAAAAACUAUAUCAGAUGUUUCUGAGGAAAGAUGUAUUGGUCUUACACAUACAAGCAAAGAAGAAAGGCAGCAAGAAAGAGACAAUGAGUGUGAGAACUCUAUCAAAAGUAAACGUACGUCACAAGAUAUUAAUGAACAUAAACAGUCUGAAAAUGUCUUUUACACUAAGUGGGUGUCUUGUAAGAGCGAAGAAGAUAACAAAACACAGUUUAAGGUUCCAAGUUUUCAGCUUCUUGAUGAUACUGUGACAUCUGAUGCUGGAGUAACAGCCGUCCUAAAUACAAAGCAAGCUACAGAUGAUGAUGAAAAAAUUCAGACAAAUUUGUUUCUCCCAGAAUGCGCUUUACCUGUUUAUAGCAUGGAUAGAAACAAUACUGGUAUCAUGCCAACUUUGCAUUCAAAUCAUGGGCAAAGACAAAAAGUAGUAGUAUUUGUGGAGGAACAAAUGUUAAAUGAUAUUGCUGGCAUGGAACAACUGAAGGAAAGUGCUUCCCCAAUGGACAGUAAAUUCCUUGGACAUAUGUCUCAUGUGAGUGAUGAUGAUAGUCUAUGUUCGCUUACUGAUCAAAUAGAACAAGCCACAAAUAGGAAGUGUAGUCAAAUAGAAAUAGGUUCUAAAAUUCUUAAAGAAAAUACAAAUACAGUGAAUAUUACAAAGGAAAAUGAUAUGCAAGAGCUAAGUAAAAGUCCCAUUCAUAUCAAAAGCCUUGGGGAAAUAUUUGAUGCCUCAGUAAUUAAAGCUGAUAGAGAAACUCCUGUUUCAAAUAAAGAAAAAGUAAAUGCAGAUAAAGCUUUGCUUGCUACUAGAGGUGAUGUGAAAUCAGAUGAAAUUAAGAGAGAUUUUAAUCUUUCCUCCUCUAUAAAAGAAUGUGCAACAGGUGUAAAAGCGGAAAGCAAUUCAGAAUUGAAUAAAGCUGAAUCCUGUUGCAUUAUAGAUGGGGAGAGGGGGAGACAUGAUUUGCAGAACAAAAAGGAAUUUCUGCUCAAGGACAUAAUUGAUACAGGAGAAAUGCAUUCAAGUGAAUUAAACUUUCACACUUGCUCCCUUGUCCCGAAAGUUACAGUAAAACCUGAAGAAAUUAACAUGACCAAGGGAACAGUUAUCUGUCAAAAUACUGUGAAUGUUCUUAAAGACAGUUCAGAAAAUAAGAGCAGCAAUGAUCAUGAAUUUGUCCUCAUAAAAGCAGGUGCUUUAGGAAGUAAUGAGAAUGCCAAAGAAUCAGGGGAUGGGACUGAAGCGCUACUUUCUGGGAAUCACACCCAUACCGCUGAUGUUUCUUCUGUAGUUCUGAGCAGCAUAGGGGGUGGUUUGGUUAGUGUUGCCCAUGAAGAAUAUGAGGCAGCGAAGAACUCAAAGGGAGAGAAUUUCAUGGUCACUGAGACUUCUUCCUUUGAAAAUGGUUUUGAAAAACAAAUGUCCAUGGCAUCAUUACAAAAGGAAAUGGGACCCUGCAAAGAUUUUCAAAUAAAGGAAGAUAUUUCACAAUCCCCAGAAAUGUCUGAUACACUAAUGGAAGACUUAAAGAAUUUAUUGCAAAGCAAAUUGAAAAAAGGACAUGUUUGCUACAAGCAGGAUGGUGAACCCCUAAGUUACUCUGAUAUGAAAGUUUUAGUGCAAAAUUUACUUACAAUGGUUAGAAGCACACAGCUUGGGAGUGACACAUCUCAUGAAUCAGAUAUAAAGCAAACAAGUGACGAUCUCAGAACUUCAUUAAUGUUUACCAAACCAUGCAUAAAACCAAAGGACGGUGAUGCUCUUUCAUUGCUUUGGCCUGACUGCAGAAGUCCUGACCUCCUUCGGGAUAUUCUGAAGCAGGAAUCCUGCAAACAAAAGAUGGAUAAUCCAGAUGAAAUGAAGAAUGAAAUAGGCCAAGGAAUAAAAUCUCCUGUUCCAAAACUUAUUACUUCUCAACUUGGGCAAUUUUUUCAAAUCUCAUCUGGAGGUGAAAGUACACACAAGUUAGAGGAGCUGAUAAGUGGUUUGCUUACAAGCUCACAGAUUGGUGGUAUCACCAUAGGACAUGAUGGUAAAGGCAAAGUAGAUGGGCUUUGUACUCUUUUCUCAACAGAACAAUCAGUGUUUGGAUCAGAAAUUCCUAAAGAGAAUCCGGUGGAAGAGAACAUAGUUUGUGCUUUGAAAAGUGACCAGGAGCAUGAGAAGACAGACAGCCUUUCCAAAGGCUUUACUGAGCCUGUUUUCAAAACAAAAGAAGGAGUCCUGGAAGACAACCCAACUGGCACGUUCAGUGGAGUACAGCAGUGCUUAAAGUUAGCAGAGAAACUACAAAAGCAUUUGGCUGUGGUUCAAGAUAUGAAAUGCUACCUAGAUAAUCAGCAACCUAUUAGUAGCAAACUGGAAACACUGAAAGAUGAACUGGAACAAAUGGAGUCAUUUGAAUCAGAGCUGGCUACCUUUGCCAUUAUACUAAAGAAAGAUGUGAAGUUGACAGAAGAAUUUUUAAGGCUUUCUCACGGAGAUAUGCUCAAAGAGAAACUUAAAGAGCUAAAGAUAAGCUAUGACUAUUUGCAGGAAGCAUUUCUGGUGGUCUGUGAUACAUCUUCAAAACGGGCAAAACAAAUAAUCUGUGCUAUUGACUCUGAAAUGUCUAAGCUUGCAGUAUUACACCAGCAACUUUUAAGCAAACUGCAGAGGUAUUCAGACUGGAUCACAGAAAAAAGUAAAGUUGUGAGUGACUUCAUAGUGAACACUAAUGAUAUAGAAGACAUGAAGCAAAGUUUACAACUCCUCAAGAAUACUGCUGGAGAGCUUGGCUGUAUGAAAAUGCAGUUGGAGUCCACUGCCCUUGAUGUUCAGUUCUUCAUUUCUGAACAUGCCCAAGAUCUUUCUCCUAAUCAGAGCAAACAGCUACUGAGGCUCUUAAAUACCACCCAGAAAUCUUUUCAGGAAGUACAGGAAGCAAUAACAUCUCAAGUGGAAAGUUUAGAGACUCAGUUACAGGCAGCGCAAGAACUGAGUGAUCAGAAGGAUGUGGCUGAACGGCAGCAGGAAUGCAAAGAGAAACUGCAGGAAAUGUGCGAUUUGCUUACACAGACUGAAAAUCGAAUAAUUGGACACCAAGAGUCUCUUGUUAUUGGAGACAGCAAGGCUGAGUUAGAACAGUACCAGACCAAGCAGGAGGAAAUACAAAAAGACAUGAGAGAGAGUGCACAGGCAUUGGCAGAGAUUGUGAAAAAUACCGAAAUGUUCCUGAAAGAGAAUGGAGAAAAGUUGUCACAAGAAGACAAGAUUAUUCUUGAACAGAAACUAAAUGAAGCUAAAACAAAGUGUUUGCUCCUUAGCCAGAAGGCAGAAGAGUCCAAAAAAGAACUGGAUAAAGCUAUGACAACAGCAAUUAAGCAGGAGACAGAAAAGGUUGCAGCCAUAGAACAGCUGGAAGAGAGUAAAAAUACGAUAGAAAAUCUCUUGGAUUGGUUAUCAAAUGUGGACAAAGAAGCGGAGCACGGCAGGAAGCUUAAGCAGGCGAUAGAACAGAAUGGGACACACUUUGAAGAGGGAGAUGUGAAAGCUUUCAAAGGAGAGGAGGACGAUGUCAAUGGCAAUCUGCUGGAGCAGCAAGACAUUGAAACUCAGGUGGAUGGACUAGUAAAAAGCACAGAAGACAAUCUGAACCAGCAGUAUCAGAGGGUCAAGGCUCAACAUGAGAAAAUUAUAUCACAGCAGCAGGCUGUCAUAAUAGCAACUCAGUCUGCCCAGGCACUACUUGAGAAACAAGGCCACUACCUUUCCCCUGAAGAAAAAGACAAGAUGCAAAGGAACAUGAAAGAGCUGAAGGCUCAGUAUGAAACUGCUUUAGCUGAAUCAGAAAGGAAAAUGAAGUUAACUCAUUCUCUGAGGGAAGAACUUGAGAAAUUUGAUGCAGACUAUAGUGAAUUUGAAACCUGGCUGCAGCAGUCAGAACAAGAACUUGGCAAUUUGGAGGCUGGUGCUUCUGACUUCAGUGGUAUUAUGAUCAAACUGAAAAGGCAGAAGAGUUUUUCAGAAGAUGUUAUAUCUCACAAAGGUGAUUUACGGUAUAUUACAAUUUCUGGACAAAGAGUUUUAGACGCUGCGAGGUCUUGCAGCAAAAGAGAUGGUGUUAAGGUUGACAAAGAUGGUAUUGAUACUUCAGCUACUUAUACUGAAGUGCAGAAUAGACUCGACAGUGCUUCAGAUCGUUUCAAAUCUCUCUAUACUAAGUGUAGCAUCCUUGGAAAUAACCUUAAAGACCUGGCAGAUAAAUACCAGCAUUAUGAAGAUGCGUCGUCUGGACUUUUGUCAGGUCUCCAGGCCUCUGAAAUAGCUGUGAACAAACAACUGUCUGAGCCAAUUGCAGUGGAUCCCCAAAAUCUCCAAAGACAGCUAGAAGAAACCAAGGUUCUUCAGGGACAAGUGUCUACUCACCAAAUUGCUGUAGAAAAACUGAAAAAAGCUGCUGAAGUGCUUCUGGAUACAAGGGGAGAGUUGACACCAGACAAAGAUAAGAUUCAGAAAACAUUGGAUGGCAUUGUGGACAGAUAUGACAAUUUAUCAAAGUCCGUGAACGAAAGGAAUGAGAAGCUCCAGAUAACUCUGACACGAUCCCUAAGUGUACAGGAUGGUUUGGAUGAAAUGCUCGAUUGGAUGGAAGGUGUUGAAAAGAGCCUGGAAGAGCCAGGUCAAGUGCCUUUGAAUUCUGCUGCUAUUCGGGAUAUCAUUAGUAAAAGCAUUAUGCUAGAGCAAGAUAUUGCAGGUCGCCAAAGCAGUAUAAACACUAUGAAUGAAAAAGUGAAGAAGUUCAUGGAAACAGCAGAUCCAUCCACUGCAUCCUCACUACAAGCUAAAAUGAGUGAACUUGCAGGACGGUUUUCUGAAGCAAGUAACAAACAUAAAGAAAAGCUUGUGAAAAUGGAGGAGUUGAAGACUAAAGUGGAGUUGUUUGAAGGUCUGUCAGAAAAACUUCAAACGUUUUUAGAUGAGAAGAACCAGGCUUUCAGUGAGACUGAGGCACCAAGAAAGGAUGUUAGUGAAGUGUCUCAGUAUAUGCAGGAAACUAGUAUAGAAUUGGCACAACAUAAGAAAGAUCUGGAAGUUUUGCAACAGCUUCUUGAAGAACUUUCGUUCCAUGCUCUUCAUGGGGAUAAAGCAUUGGUACUAGAAAAAGUAAAUGCUUUGUCAAAGAAAUUCAGGGAGGUAGAGGAGACAUUAAAGGAAAAAGAAGAGGAUGUAUCAUCUUGUCAGAAACAAAUGGAUACUUUUGAGCUCCUUGUAGAAUCUUUAAAGAAAUGGAUAAAAGAGACAACAGAAAGAAUUCCAGCAGCACGACCCUCACUGAAUACGGAGGAGUUAAAGAAACCUUUGGAAGAUACUCUGAAUUUAAAAGAUGAAUGGACUUUAAAAGCACCUGAACUACAGAAAAUGAAUAGCAGAGGAACAGUGUUAUGCAAUCUAAUUACUGCUGUUACUUCUCCUGCAAAAUCAAGAGCAGCUGCAAAAUCAGGUGGAACAAUGUUAAAUGGUGAAGGAGGAGCUCCAGGUACUCAGGAUUUUCUGAAAAAUAAAGAACUGUCAACUGUUCAACAAGCCAUGUCUGAUGUAAAUCACAGUUAUGAAGAUUUGGGAGUUUUAUUGAAGGAAAAGAUUUCAGAACUAGAAAGUAUGCUUACGAAAAUGCAAAAUAUUCAGGAAGAAUCAACCUCAAUGAUGCAAUGGUUACAGAAAAUGGACAAAACUGCAUCAGACUGGGAAGCUGCUCCAACUGAUAGUGAGGCUGUUAAAACCCAAGUUGAGCAACAUAAGCUAUUUGAAACUGAAUUAAAGCAAAGUGAGAAUAAAGUGCAGGAACUAAAGGACAAAGUGACAGAGCUGUUGGAGAAGAACCCUGACUCUCCUGAGGCACCCAAAUGGAGACAAAUGCUGGAUAAAAUAGAUUCCAAAUGGAAAGAGCUCAGUCAAGUUACAUCUGAGAGACAACAAAAACUGGAAGAGUCUUCAAAUUACCUGACCCAGUUCCAGACAGCAGAAGCUCAGUUAAAGCACUGGCUUGUAGAAAAGGAGCUAAUGGUCAGUGUGCUGGGACCACUGUCAAUUGAUCCAAAUAUGCUGAAUACACAAAAGCAACAGGUCCAGAUUCUGCUUAAAGAGUUUGACACCAGAAAGCCACAAUACGAACAGCUAACUACAGCUGGCAAAGGGAUUCUGAAGAGGCCUGGUGAACAUCCCCCCUCUCAUGAAAUUGUAAAAGAGCAACUGGCAGCUGUGGCACAAAAAUGGGACAGUCUAACUGGCCAACUGAGUAACAGAUGUGACCGAAUUGACCGAGCCAUUGGCAAAAGCACAGAGUACCAAAGGCUACUCAGAAGUCUGUCUGAUAAGCUAAGUGCCUUGGAUAGCAAACUAAGCAGCAGCCUGGCUGUGAGCAUACAACCUGAUGCUGUGAAACAACAAUUGGAAAUUGCUAGAGAAAUGAAGGAGGAAAUAGAACAGGAAAUGAAGAAUAUAAAUGCAGCUCAAGCUCUUUGUGAAGAGCUAUCAGCGCUGGUUGGAGAAGAGUAUUUGAAAGCAGAACUGACAAGGCAGUUAGAUGGCAUCAUAAAAUCAUUUAAGGAUAUUGAACAAAAAUCUGAUGACCAUGUUCAGCAGCUUCAGUCAGCAUAUGCCACUUCUUAUCAGUUCCAGCAAAUGUCUGAAGACUUUCAGACCUGGCUAGACAAAAAGAAUGAAGAGCUGAAUCAGGCUUGUCCUAUAUCAGCCAAACUUGAUGCCUUGCAGUCACUAAUUGAAGAACAGAAAGAUUUUAAGAAGACCCUGUCCGAUCAGAUUAGUUCAUAUGAAAAAAUUGUUGCAGAAGGGGAAAGUAUCUUACAGAAGACUCAAGGAGCUGACAAGGCAGCAUUACAGUCCCAAAUUGCCACACUCAAAAGUAACUGGGAUGAAAUGAAUAAGCAGGUAAAAGAAAGGCAAGAUAAAUUAACAGAUUGUCUGGAGAAAGCCCUCCAAUACAAGCAGCAUGUGGAAAAUCUGCAGCCAUGGAUAGAGAAAUGUCAAAGCAACCUGUGUGAAGUAAAAGUUGGCAUAAACCCUGUUGAAAUAGAGAAUUCUAUUGUUCAGGUGAAGGCCUGGCAGAAGGACCUGGAUAAACACCAUGGCAUGGUGGAGCUAUUAAAUAAUACUGCUGAAAGUUUGCUCAGCGCAAGUCAAACAGAUAAAGAAGUUGUUGAAGAGGAGACUAAGGGGCUUAAUCAGAAAGUGAAAAUGGUCACAGAACAAUUACAUAAGAAGAGAGAGUGCUUGGAAAAUAUGGCACAAAGGCUGAAAGAGUUUCAGGAGUCAUCCAGGGAAACUGAAAAACAGCUUAAAAGUGCCAAGGAGCAUCUGGAAGCUCAUGAUGCUCUUGGACCUCAGUCAUUCAGUAACAAACACCUGACAAUGAUGCAGACCCAGCAGAAAGCCUUACAGGUUUUAAAGCCUCAUGUCGAUUUAGCAAAAAAGCUUGCCCAAGAACUGGUGGUAGAAGCUUCUGAUUCAGCAGGUGUUUCUGAUCUUUUGCUCCAAGCUGAAUCCUUGGAGCAAGAGUACAGUGCAGUGAACCUGCAGGUAGAAGAGAGGUGCUCGUUCUUGGAGACGAAACUUCAGGGAAUUGGCCAUUUCCAAAACACCAUCCGAGAGAUGUUCUCUCAGUUUGCAGAGUUUGAUGAUGAGCUUGACAGCAUGGCUCCAGUGGGGAGAGACCUUGACGUACUGCAGUCACAGAGAGAGGAUAUAAAACGUUUCCUGAAAAAGCUGGAAGACCUUAUAAUGAAUAAUGAAAAUGCUAAUAAAAACUGCAAAAUGAUGCUAGCCACAGAAGUUGAAGCUUCUCCUGACCUCGUUGGUAUAAAAAGAGAUUUGGAAGCUUUAAAUAAACAGUGCAACAAAUUACUCGACAGAGCAAAAGCCAGGGAAGAUCAAGUGGAAGGGACCAUUAGCCGUGUUGAGGAGUUUUACUGUAAGCUGAAAGAGUUUUCCAGCCUGCUUGGGAGAGCUGAAGAGCACGAAGAGUCACAAGGUCCUGUUGGAAUGGAAACAGAAGCUAUCAAUCAGCAGCUGAAUACGUUCAAGGUAUUCCAGAAAGAAGAAAUUGAACCACUGCAAGUAAAACAACAGGAGGUAAAUUGGUUAGGUCAAGGCCUUAUUCAAAGCGCUGCUAAAAGUACCAACACAGAGAACCUUGAACAUGACCUUGAAGAUGUUAACACCCGAUGGAAGACUCUUAAUAAGAAGGUUGCCCAGCGUGCUGCACAAUUGCAGGAAGCCCUCCUUCACUGUGGGAGGUUUCAGGAUGCCCUUGAAUCUCUGCUUAGCUGGCUCAUUGAUACAGAAGACCUCGUGGCUAAUCAGAAGCCACCAUCUGCUGAAUUUAAAGUUGUGAAGGCCCAAAUACAAGAACAGAAACUUCUCCAGAGGUUGCUGGAUGACCGCAAGCCCACUGUUGAGGUAAUCAAGCGUGAAGGGGAGAAAAUUGCAGAGUCAGCAGAACCUGCUGAUAAAGUGAAAAUCUUGAAGCAGUUGAGUUUCCUGGAUAGUCGAUGGGAUGCGUUGCUCAGUAAAGCUGAAACAAGGAAUCGUCAGUUGGAAGGUAUCUCCGUGGUGGCACAGCAGUUCCAUGAAACUCUGGAACCGCUGGCCGAGUGGCUGACUGCCACUGAGAAAAGGCUUGCAAAUGCUGAACCAAUUGGAACACAGGCCUCCAAACUCCAACAGCAGAUUGCUCAGCAUAAAGCCCUAGAAGAUGACGUCCUAGCUCACAAUAAGAGUUUACACCAGGCUGUUAGCAUUGGUCAGUCUCUAAAAACUAUGAGCUCCAGGGAAGAUAAAGAUAUGGUGCAGGAAAAGCUAGAUUGUUCCCAAGCCCGAUACAUUGAGAUUGAAGAGAAGAGCAACAGCAGGUCUGAGCUUCUCCAGCAAGCUUACUGCAAUGCUCAGAUUUUUGGGGAGGAUGAAGUUGAAUUGAUGAACUGGCUGAAUGAAGUCCAUGAUAAACUGAGCAAACUGUCAGUCCAAGAUUACAACACAGACUUGCUUGAGAAACAGCACUCUGAACUACUGGAACUUCAAGAAGAGAUUCUUCUUAGAAAACAAAAUGUCGAUCUGGCUAUACAAAAUGGCUUAGAGCUCCUCAAGCAAACAACAGGUGAUGAGGUUGUAAUAAUUCAAGAUAAACUGGAAGGCAUUAAAGCGAGGUACAAAGAUAUUACAAAAUUGAGCUCUGAUGUAUCCAAGACCCUAGAGCAGGCUCUGCAGCUAGCAGGUCAGCUACACUCAACCCAUGAGGAGCUCUGCAAAUGGCUUGACAAAGUGGAAGUGGAGUUACUCUCGUACGAAAUUCAAAUACCAAAGGGUGAAGAAUUAAGCCAGGCACAAGAAAGACAAAAAGAACUGAAGAAAGAAGCAAAGAACAACAAAGGCUUGUUGGAUACUCUGAAUGAAGUCAGCAGUGCCUUCCUGGAACUGGUGCCAUGGAGGGCCAGAGAGGGGCUCGACAAGAUGAUAACAGAGGACAACGAACGGUACCGAUUAGUGAGCGACACUAUCUCUCAGAAGGUGGAUGAGAUUGAUGCUGCCAUCCUGAGAUCCCAGCAGUUUGAUCAAGCGGCUGAUGCUGAAUUAGCCUGGAUUGCAGAAACAGAAAAGAAACUGAUGUCUCUGAGUGAUAUUAGGCUUGAGCAAGACCAGACCACUGCUCAGCUACAAGUUCAAAAGGCAUUUACCAUGGAGAUUUUGAAGCACAAAGAUACUAUAGAUGAACUUGUAAAAUCUGGGGAUAGGAUUAUGAACACAUGCACUGAAGAAGAGAAACAGACCAUGAAGAAAAAACUGGAAAGCCUCUUACAGAAAUAUGAUACAGUCUGUCAAAUGAACUCUGAGAGAAACCUCCAGCUGGAAAGGGCUCAGUCCCUGGUUAGCCAAUUCUGGGAGACUUAUGAAGAGCUUUGGCCAUGGUUAACUGAAACAGAAAUGGUCAUCUCUCAGCUUCCUGCCCCAGCCCUUGAAUAUGAAACUUUAAAGCAACAACAAGAAGAGCAUCGGCAACUGCGUGAGCUGAUCGCUGAGCACAAGCCUCAUAUAGAUAAGAUGAACAAAACUGGGCCUCAGUUGCUGGAGCUAAGCCCAGGAGAAGGUUUUUCUAUCCAAGAGAAAUACGUGGCAGCUGACACCCUUUACAGUAAAAUUAAGGAAGAUGUCAAAAAGCGAGCACUGGCGUUGGAUGAAGCCAUUUCUCAGUGUACCCAGUUCCAUGACAAGAUAGAUCCAACUCUUGAGAGUCUGAAGCGCAUAGUUGAACGUCUGAGGCAGCCACCUUCGAUCUCAGCAGAGGUUGAGAAGAUUAAAGAGCAGAUCAGUGAAAAUAAGAACGUGUCAAUGGAUCUGGAAAAACUUCAGCCAGUGUAUGAGACGCUUAAACAGCGAGGAGAGGAAAUGAUUGCUCGCUCAGAAGGAGCUGAUAAGGAUAUAUCUGCUAAAGCUGUUCAAGAUAAACUGGACCAAAUGGUCCUGAUUUGGGAAGACAUCCAGACUUUGACUGAGGAGAGGGAGACCAAAUUAUUGGAUGUAAUGGAACUAGCUGAAAAGUUCUGGUGUGAUCAUAUGGCUCUUGUAGCUACUAUUAAAGAUACUCAAGACUUCAUUCGAGAAUUGGAGGGACCUGGAGUUGACCCGUCUGUAGUCAAGCAACAGCAAGAAGCUGCAGAGGCUGCUAAAGAAGAAAUUGAUGGACUGCAAGAAGAACUAGAAACGGUUGUGAACCUUGGCUCUGAACUUAGAGUUGCUUGUGGAGAGCCUGACAAACCUAUUGUCAACAAGAGUAUAGAUGAGCUGAAUUCUGCCUGGGAUGCCUUAAACAAAACGUGGAAAGAGCGGGUGGACAAGCUUGCGGAAGCUAUGCAGGCAGCUGUUCAGUACCAAGAUGGACUGCAGGCAAUAUUUGACUGGGUAGACAUUGCUGGCAGCAAGUUAGCAUCUAUGUCCCCAGUUGGAACAGAUCUGGAGACAGUGAAGCAGCAAACUGAGGAACUUAAGCAAUUUAAGACAGAAGCUUAUCAGCAGCAGAUAGAAAUGGAAAGACUGAACCACCAGGCAGAACUAUUGCUGAAGAAAGUAACAGAGGAAAGUGACAGGCACACUGUUCAAGACCCUCUCUCAGAGCUCAAACUAAUGUGGGACAACCUAGAGGAAAAAAUUAUCAAUAGACAGCACAAGCUGGAGGGUGCCUUGUUAGCCUUGGGGCAGUUCCAGCAUGCCCUGGAUGAGUUACUAACGUGGCUGACGCAUACAGAAGAUCUGCUGAAUGAACAGAAACCUGUGGGUGGAGACCCCAAGGCUAUUGAAAUUGAGCUUGCCAAGCAUCAUGUGCUACAAAAUGAUGUUUUAGCUCAUCAGUCUACGGUGGAAGCAGUUAAGAAAGCAGGAAGUGACUUGAUUGAAUCAAGUGCUGUUGAAGAAGCAAGUAAUUUACGGAGCAAGUUGGAACUUCUGAAUCAGCGCUGGCAAAAUGUGUUGAAAAAAACAGAACAAAGGAAACAGCAGCUGGACAGUGCCUUGAUCCAGGCCCAAGGUUUCCAUGGUGAAGUUGAAGAUAUGCAGCAAUGGCUGACAGACACUGAACGUCAGCUGUUGGCAUCAAAACCUGUUGGAGGCUUACCAGAAACAGCAAGAGAGCAGCUUAAUACCCAUAUGGAACUUUGUGCUGCCUUUGAAGCCAAAGAAGAGACAUAUAAGUGUCUAAUGCAGAAAGGCCAGCAGAUGCUUGCAAGAUGCCCAGAAUCUGCUGAAACGAACGUUGAGCAGGACAUAAAUAACUUAAAAGAAAAAUGGGAAUCAGUACAAACAAAGCUCAGUGAAAGAAAAACCAAACUGGAAGAAGCGCUUAAUUUAGCAAUGGAGUUCCACAACUCACUUCAAGACUUCAUCAACUGGCUUACUCAGGCUGAGCAAACUCUAACUGCAGCUUCUCGGCCAAGUCUUAUCUUGGAUACUGUCUUGUUUCAAAUUGAUGAACACAAGGUUUUUGCCACAGAAGUGAAUUCUCAUCGGGAUCAGAUCAUAGAGCUGGACAAAACUGGAACCCAUUUGAAAUAUUUCAGCCAGAAACAAGAUGUUGUCCUUAUUAAGAAUCUGCUUAUUAGCGUACAGAGUAGAUGGGAAAAAGUAGUUCAACGCUUAGUUGAAAGGGGAAGAGCAUUGGAUGACGCAAGGAAAAGAGCCAAACAGUUCCAUGAAGCCUGGCACAAACUUAUGGAAUGGUUAGAAGAAUCAGAGAAAUCUUUGGACUCAGAGCUCGAAAUUGCAAAUGACCCUGACAAAAUAAAGAUGCAGCUUGCACAGCAUAAGGAAUUCCAGAAAUCUCUUGGUGCCAAACAUUCUGUGUAUGAUACCACGAAUAGGACUGGACGCUCCUUGAAAGAGAAAACCACUUUGGCUGAUGACAAUUUGAAACUAGAUGAUAUGCUGAGUGAACUAAGAGAUAAAUGGGAUACAAUUUGUGGAAAAUCAGUAGAAAGACAAAAUAAACUGGAGGAAGCACUGCUGUUUUCUGGACAAUUUACUGAUGCUUUGCAAGCUCUCAUUGAUUGGUUAUACAAAAUUGAGCCUCAGCUAGCAGAAGAUCAGCCAGUACAUGGUGACAUCGAUUUAGUGAUGAACCUGAUUGACAAUCACAAGGUUUUCCAGAAGGAGCUGGGAAAAAGAACAAGCAGUGUCCAGGCUCUGAAGCGCUCUGCCAGAGAGCUGAUAGAAGGCAGCCGUGAUGACUCUUCUUGGGUCAAAGUCCAAAUGCAAGAGUUAAGCACUCGCUGGGAGACAGUUUGUGCCCUGUCAGUAUCCAAGCAAACACGACUGGAACAGGCUCUCCGGCAGGCAGAAGAAUUCCACUCUGUUGUUCAUGUUCUUUUGGAGUGGCUGGCAGAGGCUGAGCAGGCUCUUCGUUUCCAUGGGGUCCUUCCAGAUGAUGAGGAGGCUUUACGUACACUAAUAGAGCAGCACAGGGAAUUUAUGAAGAAACUGGAAGAGAAAAAGGCAGAACUGAAUAAAGCAACAGGUAUGGGAGAAGCUAUCCUGGCUAUCUGCCACCCAGAUUCCAUCACAACCAUUAAACACUGGAUAACAAUCAUCAGAGCCAGAUUUGAAGAGGUAUUAGCAUGGGCUAAACAACAUCAACAGAGACUGGCAGGAGCUCUGGCUGGACUUAUCGCUAACCAGGAGUUGCUGGAAGCUUUGUUGUCCUGGUUACAGUGGGCAGAGACUACACUUAGUGAAAAAGAUAAAGAGGUUAUCCCCCAGGAGAUUGAGGAUGUUAAAGCGCUCAUAGCUGAGCAUCAGACUUUCAUGGAGGAAAUGACCAGAAAACAACCUGAUGUGGAUAAAGUUACAAAGACCUACAAAAGAAAGGCACUUGAACCCACGCCAGUACAAUCUCAUAUACCUGUCCUUGAUAAGGGGAGAGCAGGAAGAAAGCGUUCCCCAACACCAGGCAUAUAUCCAUCAGCAACCCAGGCACAAAUUGAAACCAAGAAUCCAAGGGUAAACCUUUUAGUCAGCAAAUGGCAGCAAGUCUGGCUUCUGGCCUUGGAAAGAAGAAGAAAACUUAAUGAUGCUUUGGACAGACUUGAAGAGUUGAAAGAAUUUGCCAACUUUGAUUUUGAUAUUUGGAGGAAAAAAUAUAUGCGGUGGAUGAACCAUAAGAAGUCUCGUGUGAUGGACUUCUUUAGGAGGAUUGAUAAAGAUCAGGAUGGAAAGAUAACAAGACAGGAAUUUAUUGAUGGAAUUCUUUCUUCAAAAUUCCCAACAAGUCGACUUGAAAUGAGUGCUGUUGCGGACAUUUUUGAUAGAGAUGGUGAUGGAUAUAUUGACUAUUAUGAAUUUGUAGCAGCUCUUCAUCCAAACAAAGAUGCAUACAAGCCUCUCACAGAUGCUGAUAAAAUUGAAGAUGAGGUUACAAGGCAGGUAGCUAAAUGUAAAUGCGCAAAGCGAUUUCAAGUGGAACAGAUUGGGGAUAACAAGUACAGGUUCUUCCUGGGAAAUCAGUUUGGUGACUCUCAACAACUGCGGCUUGUUCGUAUCCUAAGAAGUACAGUCAUGGUUCGUGUUGGAGGUGGCUGGAUGGCACUCGACGAGUUCUUAGUGAAAAAUGAUCCUUGCAGGGUUCAUCAUCACGGGAGUAAAAUGUUACGUUCGGAAUCAAACUCUUCAAUUACCACUCAGCCUACUAUAGCUAAAGGGAGGACAAACGUGGAGCUGCGUGAAAAGUUCAUUUUGGCAGAUGGUGCCAGUCAGAGCAUGGCAGCUUUCCGACCGAGGGGCCGUAGAUCACGACCCUCUUCAAGGGGUGCUUCUCCCAACAGAUCUACAUCAUUGUCAAGUCAGGCUGGCCAAGCAGCAGCCCCACAAGCGGUUGCUACAAGUACACCCAAGACACCCCAUCAUUUAACACGCAACUAUGGUAAACCAUGGUUGACAAACAGCAAAACGUCAACUCCUUCUAAGCCACCAGAAUCUUCAGACUAUCAAGGGUCAUCUGCAGAGGGAACACCAAUUCAAGGGAGUAAACUCAGAUUGCCAGGAUAUCUAUCAGGGAAGGGUUUCCACUCUGGAGAAGACAGUGGCAUACUGUCAACAGCAGCUACCAGAGUUAGAGCUCAGUUUGCAGAAACGAGAAGAACUCCAAGUAGACCUGGAAGCCGAGCAGGAAGCAAGGCUGGCAGCAGGUCAAGUAGCCGCCGAGGCAGUGAUGCAUCUGACUUUGACAUUUCAGAAAUCCAGUCUGUAUGCUCAGAUAUGUCAGAGACUGUUCCUGCUACAAGCAGACCGACACCCCGAGCAGGUUCUCGGCCAGGAUCAGCCAAGCCUUCUAAAAUUCCAACUCCCCAAAGGAGGCCACUAGCCAGCAAAUUGGACAAGUCCUUGAAGAGAUAAUAUGAUUGGCUUUGUAAAAGUCUUUUCCUUUUGCAUUAAGUAUUUAAGUUUGUAAGAUGUAAAAUAUUAUGUAGAAAUUAUUGUGAAAUAUUGCAAGAGGUGGAUUUUUAAUUCUGCAGAUGGCCUUAUUUGUGUAUUUGUCUUCUUAUUUUAUGUGUAUAAUUUUUGUCAGAUUUGUUUUUGUUUAUGCCAUAUCCUGUGAGAAGGGGGAAGAGUUUUAAUGUAAACUAACAAUUGUACACAGUAAUGUGUAGAAAGUACACUAAAAAUAAUUAUCGAAUGUACAGUGUACUGAAUGUACAGUAAGUCUUUGCAACCUGAAUAAAAUAGGUCUAUCACUAUGUCAUUAGUCAACAGUAAAGGAUACCUCAUGAUUUUUCUUUAAAAAAGAAAAAAAAGCCAAAAGACACAAUUACACAUUUUGAUCUAACUAAACAAACACUAAAGGAUGUAUGUCAGAAGUACUAAGGAACACAAGAACACAUUCACAAUGCCCUUAUUUAUACAGCAUCUCUCAGAGAACUCACAGCGUUAAUUAAGCACUUGCCAGUAAUAUGAUACUCCAAUACCUUGCAGCAUUUCUGUGCCAUUGCUUUCAAUGAGGCCAGACACAUCCUGGAUAUUUGAACUAUUAUUCUGUAAGAAUAUCAAUAUAAAGUGCAUUCAUGUAAAUGUGAGGUUUUCUUUUGCUUGAGUGGAUGGUAGCACUGUAUCAUUGAACUCAUUUUGUAUCAAAGCAAUUUUGCUUGCAGAAAGCUCUGAAAUAAACAUGUCCCUUAACUUUA